AUGAAACCCCAGGAGCUGUCCCGCGCGUCGCUGGCCGAGCUGCUGCUGUCCGACCUGCUGCAGGAGAACGAGGCUCUGGAGGAGGACGGGUUCCCUGCUGCUGGAGAACCGGAGAACAUCCGUUUGGAUCUGGAACGCGCCGCCGCCGCCGGGCCGCUGCUGACCCCCAGGGAGAGGAAGGCCGGCUGCAAGAACUUCUUCUGGAAGACCUUCACUUCCUGUUAACCCCCCCUUCACUUCCUGUUAACCCCCACCAUCACUUCCUCUUAACCCCCCCGUAACUUCCUCUUAACCCCCCCUUCACUUUCGGUUAACCCCCCCUUCACUUCCUGUUAACUUCAGUGUACUACUAAUCCUAUAACUGCUGUUGGGGACAUCUUGUCCUCGGCCCACCCUCUGACCCGGUUGAUCAGUGUGCCCUCACUGAGCACAGCACCUUGGGCUGCUCUCAGUGUCUCCUUAUUCCUUUCUGUUAGAAGUGUUCUAGUGCUUCAUCUUGCUUUACCUUGUUGUGCAGCAUGUUGAUUCUUCUCUCAGAACUACCUAAGUCCAUGGGUCUGGGGUAGAGAUCUUCAGAACUGGUUUGGCAACCGACAUGUCUCCAAAUAGUGUGUUUCCAUCAAACCCCCCCCCCCACACUGUACAGUCCGGAUGUGUAGAUUUUCUGAACGGAAACUCAACAACCUAUUUUUAACUGUGGCUUUAAUAAAAUCACUUUCAGA